AUGGCCAGCAUUAAGGAAGCUCUUAGCCAGCAUCAAUUGGUUCUAGAUGGUGCCCUUGGUACUCAACUUGAAACAAAAUUCAGUGACACUCUCAAAGAAAAAGGGCUAGAUAUUCAACAACAUCCGUUGUGGUCAGCUCUAAUCUUAUUACGUCAACCUGAACUCAUUCAAGAGAUUCACUAUGAGUAUUUGAAAAGUGGCGCUGACAUUAUCUUGACAGCUACUUACCAGGCUUCUAAAAGGGGUCUUCAACAACACGCCAACCUUACAGACGAAGAAGUAGUAAAUACGUACACCAAAGCUGUCGAUAUUGCUGCCGCAGCUCAAGAUCAAUUCAGAGUAACAAAUUCACGCGACACAUUUGUAUGUGCAUCUAUUGGACCAUACGGGGGAUAUUUAGCUAAUGGAGCUGAGUACACUGGUGACUACAGUGACCUUCAAGAUUUAAGCUACUUGGCUGAAUUCCAUCAUGAUAUGGUGAGUGUAUUUUUGUCUGAUGAUAGAGUUAGUUUGAUAGGCUUUGAAACCAUCCCAAACUUUGAAGAGGCAAAGCAAAUUCUAAACUUAAUGGAAAAAUUGUACAAGGAAAAAAACAGUAGCAAGGAAAUAGGUUUCUACCUCAGUUUCAAUUUCAAGAAUGAAGAGCAAAUUUGCGAUGGGACUGAUUUGAAGGAAGUCAUGGACUAUAUAAACGAUAGAGUUUCUAAUAGUGACGUCUUGACGCUGAAUUUGAUUGGUCUCGGAGCCAAUUGCAUUAAGUCUCAAUGGGCAGACAAAAUUAUAGCCAACAUUGCAAAGCACAAUGCUUUAAAAAUUCCACUAGUAGUCUAUCCUAAUGCAGGACUCAAUUACGAUUUGAACACCGCACUGUAUACAGUCGAUGGUGUGCAAGCUGAUGUUUGGAGACAGGCAUUGAAGCUGUGGACUAAAAAUGGGGUAGGGAUUGUUGGUGGUUGCUGUGGAAGUGGACCAGGUGAUAUUACUGCAAUUAGAGAAUCUGUACAGAAGUAA